UUAAUGGCUACGUCACUGCCAUCCUGUGUAAAUGUUCCGUCUGAGGCCGGAUCGGUCUUUUUCUCGUCGGGUCCCGUCGUGGUGGGAGGUUUGCCGUUUUGUCCCGCAGUAUCUUAACAUCAAUCCGUCAAAAUGCUGAUCUACAAGGACAUAGUCUCAGGUGAUGAGAUGUUCACCGACAUCUACAAGAUCAAGGAAACUGAAGAUGGGUUUUUCAUCGAGGUGGAAGGAGCGAUGGUCACCAGGUCGGGAGGUGACAUCAGCGAAUCUCUCAUCGGAGGAAACAAAUCUGCAGAAGAACAGGUGGAAGACUUCGACAAAGUCACAGAAUCGGGUGUGGAUAUUGUGCUUAAUUCAAAACUGCAGGAGACCAUUUUAAACAAGAAAAGCUUCAAAGUCUACAUCAAGGACUAUGUCAAGGAACUCACAGCCAAACUGCAGGAGACCAAGCCAGAGAGAGUGGAACCUUUCAUGAAGCAAAUUGGCGACCGGGUCCGGGAUAUUAUGGCUAACAUUAAGAACUACCAGUUUUUCACAGGUGAUUCAAUGAACCCCCUGGGCAUGUUGGGCAUGCUUGACUUCCGUGAGGAUGGCGUCACCCCAUUCAUGAUUUUCUUCAAGGAUGGUCUGGAGGUCGAGAAAGUUUAACCACUCAAAGACCCCUUCGGCUUUUCUUGCGGAUUUUGAAUGGACUUACGGAUAUGGGAAAGAACCUGGUCUUUAUCAACCCAAAGGAAUUAUUUGUGCAGUCCACUGAUUAUUGACAUUAUGGCCCACAGUAUCGGUAAUGCGAGUGAAUUUUCAUCUAAUACACAAGUUGUCAAUUGUACUUUUUCAUCACUUAAUUGAAGACACAGAAGCAAGGAAACUGGGCUCUGCUUUUUAUCUUGCAUGAACUUCGCUUCUUGAUGAUUCCAAUAUUCCAUUCUGCAUCAUGUUUUCUGUGGGGCUGAUUGGCUUACCCUCAUCACCGUCUGCCUUGUCUGACGGCAUGCAAUUUACCAUCUCCCUGACUGAGUAUGAUUCUGGUUUUAAAUAAAAACCUUGAAACGUC